AUGAGUUACGCAGAUGUUGCCGCCAGUGGCCCCAAGCAGUCCGCAGAUGAGGUAUGUCGCGCAGCACCAGUCCCAGAACUUAAUCACUCCGAAUCCGAAUCCGCCAGCUUGAUUGAUGUCGACUCCCCCCACGUGGGUUCUGUCAAGUCGGAUUUCCAAGAACAGGCUGUGAAGACAGAGACCCAGGCGGAGAGAAUUGAGCACGAGUUCGAAGACAAGGCCCGUGCUGAGGCUCGACAGGCUGCCGAUGCAGCAGAUAAGGCUAAGAAGAGGGCCGCUACGAAGGGCAAGGAGGUCAAGGACGCCCUCAAGAAGGACGGCAGGAAGUUGAGUGAAAACAGAGACAACCCGGUUGUGGUUGGCAAUGCUAUAAUAUGGGGAAUUGCGACUGUUGCCAUCGGAUAUGGGGCAUAUCAGAAGCACAGUGAAGGCAAGUUGGACUGGAAGCUUGCCGGAACAGUUGCUGGUGUUGUGGGCGCUUUUGGUGUGGCAGACUACUUUGGGAGCAAGUGGCUGCUCGAAAACAAGUAUCCUCCCAAAUAG